AUGAAUAACAGAUUAAAUAAGUUAAUGAAGUUUGUAUGUAUAAUAUACAUUUACAUAAAAUAUAUAUUCAGUUAUAUGAAAUAUAUAUAUAUAUGCCUAUUUAUUUAUAAUAUUUAUUUUUUCGAAACAGCUAUGGCAUCAAUGUUUGCAGUAACUAUGGGAGAAUGGUAUUUAGAGGAGUUUUGGGCCAGAAGAAACUUUACUAUGUUAUUUUAUUCAACAUUAUGGUAUAUUAUAACAAAAAAAAUAAGAGAUAAAUUUGAACUAUUGAGAUUGGAAUGGGUGUGGAAAAUUAAACGAUCAAAUAAUUCUAUAAUUAAAAAAAUUGCAAAAUUUUUAAGCAAGUACGAUUGGUUUAAUAAUAACAUUAUAAACUUUUAA